AUGGACGCUGGUGUAUCCCGUGGGAAUCCGCUGCAGUUAUCGUGCUAUAACAGCAGUGUGAGCAGCCAGUCGCGUACGCCGGCGGCGGCGGCGCUGGAGGUGUCGGCGUGGCGGUACAUCCACCGGCUGGAGGCGGAGGUGGCGGAACUCACGCACCAGCACGACGCGGCCUGUCAGCUGCUCUACCGCGCCGUGUGGGUGCAGGACGCGGCGGCCCUCGCCCUCGCGGAGGCCAACGAGCGGCGGGAGUUCACCGCAGCGGAGGCCGCCGACCGCGUCGAUCUUCUCGCCCUUCACAUCAGACGUCUCAGUGGGCCGGCGGCGGUCCUGCGGCGGCUCGACUCCCUCGCCGCACGCGUGGAGGAACUCACCAGCCGACUCUCACACGAACCAACAGCUGGCGAGAAGGGUACACAAACAGAGGAGCAGAGGGAUGAAUCACUACCAUCACCAUCACUACUGCAGCAACAACAGCGACAACAAGUGCAGCAAAAGGAACCAACACCAAUAAUGUCAUUACCGUUAUCAUCAUCAUCAUUACAAUCACCACCACCACCACCACUACCACCGCCAUCACUGUCAAUACCCUCAUCAUCAUUGAAGCAGCGAUAUAAUGAACAAGAACGAGAAGAAGAAAUAGAAACACAGCAGGUUUCUACCCCAUCAUCAAAGCUUAUGUCGGAUUCGGUAGCAUUACAGACGCUCACCAAUAGAGCUCUUGCGGUAGUAGCUUCUAUUAUAGCAGAGUAUGUUUUCUGCUCUGAUCAGAUGCGAAUGAUAGCGGAACAUGAAAUUACUCUUCUUCUUUUAUUUCGAGAGCGUUCUGAGAAAAUGCAGUGGAGUUAUCUUAUGGAUAAAAAAGAAGUGGAAAUUCGAAGACUUGAAGAUGAGGUACAUCGUCUGCAAAUUGAAAGUUCAUUUCAUGAACAUGACGUUGAAAGAGUGAAUUCGAGAGAGAAUUCGAGAGAGAAUUCUAGAUCAAAUGUAUCAGAACUCUACAAGCGGUUUGCUGAUCCCUACAUCCCACCAAUUUUACGUAAAACAAAAAAAAUUAAACCGGAACCAAUUCAAAAACUCCGAAAGGAUGCCAUCCGGGUAGGGGCACGACCAGCUUUCUCUAUACCUGAAGCAGCGAACAGUGUUCCUGCCGCUUCUGUUAAUACUCCUUCUUCUGCAGCCGUUACUUCCGUAUCUGUACCAGCAUUCAAAACAUCGAAUUCUGGGAUGAUUUCAUCGGAAGCUCUCGUGCAUAGAUCGCCUUCCUCUUUCUCAACCACUUCUACACAAAAACAAGCGUCUCUGUCUUCACCUUCACCUGAGGUGAAAAGAGUGAGUACCUCGUUGAUAGUGGAUAUGGAUGGGGCUUCCACUCCUAAAAAUAAUGUUUCCACCACUGUUACAAAAACUUCAGAAUUCAUGAACAAAAACGCUAAAAGUACUUCUACGGCUACUGCGGUUGCGGCUGCGGUUGCGGCUGCGGUUGCGGCUGCGGCUGCGGCUGGUGGGACGAGUGGUGGUGCACAUGCUUCAAAUUUUAAGGUCACUUCUACUCUAACUCGUUCUCAUACUUCAAGUACCAUUAAGACUACUACUACUACUACUACUACUGCUGCUGCCGUUGCUGCUACUAAAAAAAAAGAGGUAAAUAUUAAAGAAUCUGCUGAUGCUCCUGUAGCUGCUGCCAUACUUCCGCGUCUUGAACGUCCUUCUUCAGUGAUACGUACAUUUAAGCGAGAUAUAUCUUCUUCCUCUUUGUCAUCAUCUUCCUCUUCUACAAAAGUCAUAUUAAAGACUCGUGAAGGUUCGAAUGAUAAAACAGGAAUGAUUACCAAGGGAAAGAGAAGUGAUGUCGUUUUGCCUUCUUCCAAACCAGCACCAAGGAGUCCAUCAUCGAGUACAUCUAGUUCUGUUUCAUCUCAUAAAGUUAAUAGUAGACAAAACAAUGGCAUCCAAGAGAAAACAAAACCUGUGGUUGUUAACAAUUCUUUUGACGAAAGCACCGAUACUGAACCAAAACCACAAAAGAGUACACAGUCUGCAAUUUUGACGAGUGCUCGUGAAAGCAAAACUGUUAGAAAUAGUAAACGAAGUACUAGUAGAAGUAACAGCGAAGGAGAUAAUUCUUCUUUCGAUACUAAAAAGGGUUUUCUAUCUAAACAGGUUCGAAAAGAUAGUGUUACCUCCAGUUCCUCUGUGUCGUCUAUUUCACUAACAUUGGAAGGUUCGCCAACUAAACACGCCAAACCGCAUAAACAAUCUUCGGUGAAAUCAACCACAGGACUCAAGUCGAUAUCCUCUCUGAAUCGUGGAAAAAACAUCCAGCAGAGUAAUACAAAAAAAAAAGAAAAGAACAACAACUCUGAUGGGCGUAAUACCAAUGCCCUUACUGAAAUAAAAAAGCUAUCGUUCUCCCGUCAGUGA